AUGGAACCCAAAGCCCAAAUCACACUUCUUCCCACUCAACCGCCUUUUAAACCUGGUUGCCAAAGUUCAAAAAGAUUUCACGACAAGCUUGGUACUUGUCCAGUGGCACAAGAGGCACGGAACUCUAAAAAGAGUCUGGAAUCUACAAUGAGAUUGGAUCGAAAAUCAAAGACCAAUGAGGACAUCCGACAGAGUUUGACCCGCUUGCAGCGUUAA